CCGGGCCUGUGGGGGGCGGGGCUGAUCCAGAGGUGAGGGCGGGAUUAACGACGCGGAAUGGAGUCGGUGGAACCGGAGUUGCCGCCAGGCCUGGGCGAUGGGGAGAGCCGAGACCGGGAGCGGCCUUUCGGGAUCCUGCGGCUUCAGGACGAACGGAGCCCGGGCUCGAGAGUCGGGCAAGGAGCUGGAGCCGGUACUGAGCCCACCUGGCAGGCUCCCAUCUUCGCCUUCGCCCGGAAGGCAUCAGAAACCUUCUCGGCCGCAGCUCCGGCAAGAGACCCGGUAGUGGAGGAGGCUUCACGGGGGUUAAAGGACCCAAUGGCCAUUGAGAGAACGAAUCUCCUCAAUAUGGCAAACCUCAGCAUCAAGGGACUAAUCGAAUCCGCUCUGAGCUUUGGGCGGACCUUGGACUCGGACUAUGCCCCGUUGCAACAAUUCUUUGUGGUGUUGGAACACUGCCUGAAGCAUGGACUCAAAGUGAAGAAGUCAUUCCUGGGUCAGAACAAGUCGUUGUGGGGCCCCCUGGAGCUGGUGGAGAAACUUUGUCCUGAGGCCACCGAGAUUGCAGCCAGUGUUCGGGACCUGCCUGGGUUAAAGACCCCGUUGGGCCGAGCUCGUGCUUGGUUACGACUUGCCAUGAUGCAGAAGAAGCUGGCGGAUUAUCUGCGAUGCAUGAUCAUCAGGCGGGAUCUGUUCAGUGAGUUUUAUGAGGAGCAUGCGGUAAUGAUGGAAGAAGAAGGGGCAGUGAUUGUUGGACUGCUUGUCGGACUCAAUGUCAUUGAUGCUAACCUGUGUGUCAAGGGAGAAGACCUGGAUUCACUGGUUGGAGUCAUUGACUUCUCCAUGUACCUGAAGAAUGAUAAUGACAGCAAUGGAUGCUGUGAAAGAGAUGGACAGAUCGCUGCGAUUCUGGAUCAGAAGAACUAUGUGGAAGAACUCAAUCGACAGCUGAGUUCAACAGUUGGCAGCCUGCAGGGCAGAGUUGACUCACUUGAGAAGGCAAACUCUAAACUAAUUGAAGAGUUGGCAAUCGCCAAGAACAGCAUAAUUCGAUUGCAAGAAGAAAAUGUUCAGUUUCGCAAUGAAAAUAUCCAAAUGUUAAUGAAAACCCAGCAACAUCUGGAGCUGGUGAAACUGGAUGUGUCUGCGGAGCUGGAGACUUACAAGGGCACCAGGCAGGGACUGGACGACAUGUUCACUGAGGCCCGGCGACAGCUGAGGGAGGAGUCACGUAUGCGUCAGGAUGUGGAGAGUGACCUUUUGGUACAGAUAAACAUGAAGCAGGAGAUGGAGCUGGCCAUGAAACUGCUGGAGAAAGAUAUCCAUGAGAAGCAGGAUGCACUGAUUAGCCUUCGGCACCAGCUCGAGGAGGUGAAAGCUAUUAAUGUGGAGAUGUUUCAGAAGCUUAAGGGUUCUGAAGAUGGUUUGAAGCAGAAAAGUGAAAUGAUGACUCGGCUGGAGGAGAAGACCAACCAAGUGACAGCUGCAAUGAAACGGAUGGAGCAAAGAUUGCAGCAAGCAGAGAAGGAUCAGGAUACAGCAGAGAAGGGGACUGACAAGUUCAAACGUGAACUGGAAGACAAAGUGGAGAACCUGGAAAGAGAGAUGGAACAGAAGGAACGACAGCUGGUGCAACUGGAAACAGAUCUGAAGAUUGAGAAGGAGUGGAGACGGGCUCUACAGAAUGAUCUUCAGAGGGAGAGUGAAACCAUCUCAGAACUGAGGGCACAAACGCUACAGCUCAGCACCCUGAAGAAGGAAUUCCUUCGCUUGCAAGAAGAGAAUGGACAACUGCAGACGAUCUGUGAGGAGCAAGAGCAGGCUCUGCAGGAGCUGGGCUACAAACUCAGCGAGUCAAAACUCAAAAUCGAGACCAUCAAAGAAGCUAACAAGGCAUUGCAGGGUUUGGUGUGGCUGAAGGACAGGGAUGCUACCAGCUGCAAACUGUGUGAAAGGGAAUUCUCCAUCUCUACAAGGAAGCAUCACUGCAGAAACUGCGGGGAAAUCUUCUGCAAUGCCUGCUCUGACAAUGAGCUUCCUCUACCUUCCUCACCAAAACCUGUGCGUGUGUGUGACACCUGCCAUGCACUGCUCUUACAACGAUGUUCCUCCACCACGUGAAUUUCCAGACCCAACCUCAUACUGCUAAGACAGAAUUUACAUCUUUGGACAAAUUCACUUUUUUCUAAUGCCUGCCACUUUCCUUAAAUUGCUGUGCAACUAAUGAAUAAUAACUAGGUAGACUGGUUGUUUUUGUGUAAACUAUUGUAGACUGACCUGCUAAUCACAACCAAGCAUUAUUAGUGGAACCUCUUUCACCUCCAGUGAAGUACCGAAUGGUACUGGAUGAAGUUUGUGUUCAUUCCUAGUCUUUCUUUGUUACGAGGAGGAAGUACUGUAUUUGUAUAAUUACGUUGCUGUCAGUAAGUGGCAACCCAAGUGUCAGAUCCCUUUCCUGGCUGUUUCCUUCAGUUUCUUAUACAGCCAGCUGAGCCAUAGCAGGUCAGCAUGUGAAUGGAGAUGGAGCUCAUUCAAAUUUAAAAGUGCUGGUGUGAACAAGAUCUCAAGUAGCAAAAUGGAGUUGUUGGAGAACUGUACAGCAUUUCUCUUUGCAUAUCCCUAGCUCUGAUCUUAGUGGCCUGGGGACAUUGCCUAGAGACUGUCAUGGCAAGAUGACGUGUGUGCAUCUGACAUUAACUUGGAAUAAAAUGUUGUCAUUAAUGUAACAGUUCUACAUGGGCUCAUAAUGACCAACAUUCCUGUAUUUGAGUUUCUGAUAUUAGGUCUAAUAGUUUUAUAUCAGUAUAAUUUCUAGAACAUUAGACAGUGCUGCACUCUUCUCCCAGAAUGGCAGUCACUCUUAAGUCUGUAUAAUUUUCACUUAACAAAAGUAUUUAAAUACAGUAAUUAUACUCACUAAUUCAGUGUUCGCCUGAGAAGCUGAACUGUAUGGGUUUGAUUUGUUUGUGCCUUUCAGACUGCACUGAGGAGCACACAAUGGGAUAGUAUUUCUCUUGACUUCUCUGGAUUCAUUUGAUUGUUAAACAUCACCAUGUAAGUGAAAAGUGGUGUGUAAUAAUGUUGUGGCAGUAGUGAUUUUAUAUUAAAAUCUACCUGUUCAAAAAUU